AACAAACGGGGGAAGCCGUGAUUCGGGGGGUUUUCUUUUGCCCGACAUUUCCCUAAGAGCGGCAGCGGGAGGAGCGGCGCCGGCGCCCGAGCCCGAUGGACGACGCGGGCCCCUCGGGUGACACCCACUCCGAGUGAGAAGUGAAGGGGGCGGGAGCCGGCGCGGGAGGCUGGACCGGGACACGACCAUGACUUGGUGAAAGGAAAGAGAGAGCGAGCAAGCGAGCGUCCUGUGUGUGUGCAAACACUGACCGGCAUCAGCGCCUGCGAAGGGGGAGAAAAGGUCUUUCUUUCUGGGAGAGGGAAAAAAAACAAUUUUAAAGCGGUGAAGAGCAGAGAAAGGAAGGGAAAAAGGCGGAAAACACACAGCCACUGUCGGGGUGUCUGGAGCCGGUGAUCUUCCGAGGUUUAACCUCGUUUUACAUUUCACGAAAAAAUAUUUUACGCUUUGUGUCGCCGAAGACGACGAAGAGGAGAGAAAGAUAUUUUUUCUUUGCCCCCUCUGGUGCACAAUGAAGGCGCCUGUCCGCCAUGUUACAGUGAUGGCCAGGAAUUGACUGGAUGUUUUAAUAUGUUGGUUUUUAAUCUGUACUAAUAUUUGAAAAUAUUCCCGUCGACUUUAAUCUCGCCCGCCCUGGAGGGAGGGAGGAAAAGGAAGGAGGGAGGGAAGAGAGCCUGAGUUUGCAGCCGCCGCCGCCGCUUUGUGCCUCUACUCACCCUCUCGCACUCGGCGCUGCCAUGGCGGAGCAGGCGUACUCCUGGGCUUAUUCCCUCGUGGACUCGAGUCAAGUCUCUACCUUCCUCAUCUCUAUUCUACUGAUUGUCUAUGGAAGUUUCAGGUCUCUGAAUAUGGACUUCGAGAACCAGGAUAAGGAGAAAGAUGGAAGUACAUCAUCUGCCAACUUCAAUGCAAACAAUACCAACAAUAGUAUCCAGACCAUAGACUCUACACAGGCUCUUUUUCUUCCUGUUGGGGCAUCAGUCUCUCUCUUGGUGAUGUUUUUCUUCUUUGAUUCUGUUCAGGUGGUGUUUACAAUAUGCACCGCAGUUCUUGCAACAAUAGCAUUUGCCUUUCUGCUGCUUCCAAUGUGCCAGUAUUUAACAAGAGCCUGCUCAACUCAGAACAAAAUUUCAUUUGGCUGCUGUGGACGAUUCACUGCUGCUGAACUACUAUCAUUUACUCUUUCAGUCAUGCUUGUGCUUAUCUGGGUAUUAACGGGGCACUGGCUACUAAUGGAUGCUCUGGCAAUGGGACUCUGCGUCGCCAUGAUCGCUUUUGUGCGAUUGCCAAGUCUUAAAGUUUCCUGCUUGCUGCUUUCUGGGCUCCUUAUUUAUGAUGUCUUCUGGGUAUUCUUCUCUGCUUACAUCUUCAACAGCAACGUGAUGGUGAAGGUGGCUACUCAGCCUGCUGACAAUCCUUUAGAUGUGCUCUCGAGAAAACUUCAUUUAGGACCAAAUGUUGGACGUGAUGUUCCUCGCCUGUCGCUCCCUGGAAAGUUAGUGUUUCCAAGCUCCACAGGCACUCACUUUUCUAUGCUGGGGAUUGGAGAUAUUGUCAUGCCAGGACUUCUAUUGUGCUUCGUUCUUCGAUAUGACAACUACAAGAAAUUAGCUAACAGCGAUGCAAUCCCAGCCAAUAUACCUGGUCGAAUGCAGAAAGUAUCCUACUUCCACUGUACCUUGAUUGGUUACUUUGUAGGUCUUCUGACUGCCACUGUAGCAUCAAGAAUUCACCGGGCUGCCCAGCCAGCACUUCUGUACCUUGUUCCAUUUACACUGCUGCCACUUCUUACCAUGGCUUAUUUAAAGGGUGAUCUACGGCGUAUGUGGUCAGAGCCCUUCCAUACCAAGUCAAACAGCUCCAGGUUCCUGGAGGUAUGAUAGCAGGAAGUGUAGCUGAACGCAGGAAUAAUGUAUGCUGGGCACCAGAAGAUUUGUGUCAUGUGGUUUCAUCGUUUUCAUCAAACGUGAUUGGUGCUUCAAGUGUUAACAAAAAAAGGUUGCGGAGGAAAUGUUUUUCUUUUCCUUUUGUGGAAUGCAGACUCUACAAUUAAUUCAACCCAUCUGCAGUCUUUGGAUUAGCAACAGACUUUCACACCCUACCAUGUAUAAUACAAGUUUAAGAAAAACAAACCCACUUUUUAAAAUGACAAGAUAUCAAAUUCAGUCUUGUACAUACAGCUGCUCUACAGAAGACGCAACUUUGAAGAUGCCUCUUUGAAGGGACCAGCAACUCUUUAAUUGUCUUGAACUUUAGACUAAGGAAAAGACAAGGCAGCGACAAAUCUUUUGAAUGCGAUAAUUACCUGUUAGGUGACUUGUAUGUCUCCCUGCAGACAUGAGAUGGGUAUGCAGUAAAAUCAGUGCUGUAAUUAACUUUACACCUUAAGUUUUGUUGCAUUGAUCCAGAAAGGUAAAGACGCCAAGAUGAAUCAUGUUGUGUACUUAAGUGGCCUGUUGUAAAUUUUAGCAUGUAUAGCAUUAAAUAUCACUUCAGUAUAAGACCCACUGUCUCCUUUUCCAAAUUCUCCUAUACCAUAUGUGAGUUUAGAAACGUAAUUGUAGUUUGCACUCGUACCUGUGUUAAUGAUCCCAGUUGACCUUGCACAAUUAUGAUUGGUGUAGCAAAAAAAAUAACUUUUUUAUGGUUUCUCCUUUUUCUUUAUUGGUUUGAUUAAUUUAGCCAAUGCAUGUAUCAUAGCAGUACUUGUUACCUGAACCCUCUUCAUUAUGGUGGUGUACCCUUGUAAAUAUAUUUUUUGUAUACAUUUGUUUAAAUGUGUGUUGUUAGUUCUACCUGUUGAAAAGCGUAAUCUGGUCCAAGUUUACAAGCAGUAUCUGUUUUGUACCUUGGGUUUCUAUUUGGUUCCUGCUACUUUUUUCAGGUGCUGUCACUACAGCACAGUAACACUGGGCAGCACGCAAAUCAAACCAGCAAGUCGCGUGCUUGUAAAAUGUUGCCAUGUUACUGAGUGAACAAGACUGCCAUUGUAGUCUCCAGACCUAAAUAUUGUUUAAGACCAGUGUAGGGCCUAGAACCAACAUAAAUUAAUUCCAACAGUGCUUCAAGCUCUUCCAUGCCCACCUCUACCCUGCCAUCAGUCCCUCCAUAUCUAUCACUGGAGCAUACACAAACAGUGUUAUGUGUCACUUUUAAAGGAGGAAAUGUUCACAUUUCCAAAAAACCACUGAGUGUAAUGUUUUUGUGCUGUAGAUUAGACAAAUUGCUAAGCCAUUUUAUUAGACUGUGGCUUUGCUGAAAGCCUUCAAGUGGACUGAAUGGAUACUGUACAAUCAUCUGUACAUCAUUAGUGUAUUUCUGCCCCUGGAAAUGAACAUUAUCUUCAUCUCUAUAUAACAUGCGCAGUCAAGAUUCCUUUGUAAAUAAAACCAAAAGUUUAAGUGCACUCGUGUUGUUUAUUUUUGGGGUUGUGCAAGUUUCACAAUAACAAAGGGAACUGCUUGAGUUUAUUGCAAAUCCUGCAGAGGUAAGAGUUUUGUUAGAACGACAUUGAUUUGUGAAUUAGGCACAUUGGUAUUAGAGAGUUCUAAAUCAGCAGGGGUAAGCUGACAAUGUGCAGCAAUCCAUUCACAAUCUGAUGGGGAAAGUUUCUCAUUUUGGAGCCCUUUAAAAUUACAAUUUUUGAACCAGUUCAUGACCUGUUUAUGCUGGAUGUUUACUUUAUUUCUUUAGAAAUAUAGUGCGGAAUAGGCCAAUCAGGCCCUUUAAGCCGUGCUGCCAGCAAUCCACCAAUUUAGUCCUAGCCUAAUCAUGGGACAAUUUACAAUAAUCAGUUAACCUACUAACCAGUGUAUUUUUGGAUGGUGGGCAACAUUCCUUCAAAUAUUUUUUUUACAGCUGCACAGACCAAC